AUGUGUACCAGGCACAGCGAAAGUCCGGCAGAGCGAAAGUCCGGCAGAGCGAAAGCCGCUCCACAGUGCCACCUGUGCAAUGCCGGUGGUCAGACGAUGACUAGGCAGAACAAGCCCCAAAGGCGCCCGAAGGUCAGCAAGCGUGCAGGUGCCCAGUGCACCAACUGCCAGACAACCAUCACGGCAGUGUGGCGGCUGAAUGCCAAUAGAGACCCCGUGUGCAAUGCCUGCGGCCUUUAUUACAAGCGACACCAGGUGAACCGACCACGGACCGUGCAGAAGGGUGGUAUAAAGUCUAGAAAACCCAGGCCAUCACAGAAAGAAAAGAAGCCAGUGUCGAGUCUCGGAGGCACAGGACCAGCUGAUGCACCGGCUGGUGGCUUCAUGGUGGUGGCUGGGAGCAGCGAUGGUGGGAAUUGUGGGGAAGUGGCCUCAGGCUUGAGAUUGGGCCCACCUGGUACUGCCCAUCUCUACCAAGGCCUGGGCCCCGAGGUGCUGUCCGGGACUGUCAGCCACCUCAUGCCUUUCCCCGGGCCCCUGUUGGGUUCACCCACAGGCUCCUUCCCCACAGGCCCCAUGCCUCCCACCACCACCAGCACUGUGGAGGCGCCACUCAGCCCAUGA